AUGAAUUCCAAUAUUGUGGAAAGGAAGUACGAGGAUGGGGGCAUGGACAUUAUCCCCGCUCCAGUCAGCGCCAACCGCUGGUACUGCGGAAUCUACAUUGUUGUAUCUGACACCUACGGCAUGCUUUACCAUGUGAGCAACAAAAACGACGAUAGCAAAUGGAUCUUCCAAGAACGUAUGACGGAAAAUGUUGUUGCAUCCCACACUAUCGUUGCUGCACUACAUAUCGCAACCGACAUCCAAGAGCAACGCCUAGCGUCCGUCCACGAUAUCCUCGUUGCCACGCCAGCUAUUGCCGAUGGCGGCAUGGACCCGAAGUCGGGAUUGCAUUUCGAGAGCAGCGUGUGGGUGAUGGAGGUGUUGGAUAGGCUUCGUGCCGCAGGGUUGAUUCAAAAUGAGCCGGCUAAAGAUGUGGUUGAGGAAGCAUAUCGGCUUGCGAAUCUGGCAUCGCUUAUUGCGUCAAAAGAGAUGAGGAAAUCGGAUGGCCUCAUUGCGUUAGGUGGUAGGAGUUGA